AUGUCUGCAGAAUCCCUUCCAAUUACUCUCGCUGCAUUUGCGGAAGCUAUCAAAGAGCUUCCACUUUCCUCUGUGUACGCCAAAGCCUCCGAACUUUCCAACUCUAUCGCACAUCUGCGGCGCUCAAAUCAAGAACUAAGGGCGUUCAUGCAUGAGUCAUGCGACACCGAGGCUGAGCAAAGGGAGCUGGAAAUGUAUAUCACUGAAAAUGAAGAAGUGAUAAGAUCGAUGCACGAAAGGAAUCUGCUACUAAAGUCGGAAAUAGAGGGCCGGGGUCAGCAAUGGAUCGAGAUGUGGGACACCGCGCCAGAUGCGAGAGCAGAUGAGAAUCAACAGCCAUCCGCAUCUGAACCCGCUACAAAUGGGGCAGCUGCAGAACAACCAAAUGGUGCGCAGCAGGAACUACGCAGCACGAGGUCUGUUCCUGAUACCCAACCUCUAUGGCCACUACAAUGCUCGGUUCUCGCAAUCCGCUUUUGUACUAGGUCUAGUGAGCAAUUCUGGGUCUUCUGA